ACUCGGCUGUCGGUUCUAAUGGGUUCUAUCGUCUGAGGUUCGAGAGGCCGCCUUUUAUCCUCGAGUGUCAGUAAAUACCACGCGAGCAAGUCAAUAAAAUAAGCUCCAGUGUUUUAUCAACGUCUACAACAUAAGUGAUUUGCGCCACAUCUCGUGAUUCCUACCAAAAUUGACUCACGGCAUUAUUCUCAUUGUCCAUUCCAGAAAUAAUAAGACAAAUCCAGCAGCAGGAUGACAAGGUUUACAAAAAAAAUGUAUUAUUGACUGUGCAAUUUCCAAAUGGAAAUGUAGAAAUGACUGACAGCGCGUGAGGCGGCGACUGUAGAACUAUCGGUUAUAUACUUCUUAUGGGAAGUAGUCAUUGGCUCCACGUAAAAAAAGUUUAAUUGUUUAAAUUGUGUUUCAAAAGUGAACUUUAAAAACUGGUGGUCGGUUUGUGUUAACUCGAAUAAUUUCAAGCAGAGUAAAUAUUCACACAGUGGGUAUUCAAGACACGUGACCCUCUUUCUCCAAUUCAUUGUUUUUGUUCAUUAUUUGACCUCCUUAUUUGAAAAAUAGUCUAUUUAUGCAAUAAUUUUUUCUGAUUUGAACAAUUUUCGGGUAAUAUUUUCUUUGAAACUUAUUAGAUCAAGCAUUACUAAAAUGCAACGACUUAGGUCAUUUUGUUUCAGUGUCAGUUAUGUUGAUUCGUGAAAUGCGUACAGGGUAAGGAUUAAAAGAGUCUAGUGCAUCUUUAAUUAUCAUAUACAUUUUUCUCAUAACAUUUUUACUUAUUUAAUUUACAAGAAUUUAAAAAUGCCUACGUUUAUGGAACUAAACUCUUUUUAUUAUGUCUCGAAUUUAUUUCGUGCGUCUUUUACAGAUACAGUUUCAGGUUUUAUUUCGUCAGAUCUUAAAAAAAGAAAAUCAAAAAAUUUCACAUAAUGCGUAGUGCUUCUGUAGUGUAUAUAACCGUUAGUUCAUAGUUCGUCACCACAGCGCUACCGUCUAAGAGCGCAUACUCAAUUUGAAAAAUAUAUUUUUUUAUGUGGGAAUAAGCUAGUAGUCAAGUGGUUUGCAGGAUCGUUCACGGAUGCAUCUUAAAAAUCCCGAGGAAGUCCUAAUCGAGGAAACAAUGUCGAACACACCAAAGAAGACGAAAAGGGAAUCUACAACGAGAACUUGGAUUGCAGAACCUGUGAUAGCCCCGGAAUUCACAGAGGAACCAACCUGCACUAAAUUUUACGUAGGAAUUCUAAAAGAAAAGAAAACAAUUUCCAAAGUUAUUCCAACCAUCUCCGCUAUUUUCCCUGGAUUCAAUCACCUUAAAAGAUGUUCCAAUCAGAAGAUUCUUCUUUGUCCCGUACAGAAAGAAUCGUCUGAAAGGGAAGAAACCCAAGAUUGUAAUCUUUCUCCAGAUGAUCUAAAAACCCUUCUUCGCGACAAAGGUUUCGAUCUUUCCCUUCUGGCAGAUAAUCUAGAAAUUAUUUCUGUGGCAGCCAAGCCCCCUAAGACUAAGGUCCAAGCAAAUCUAGCUUCCAAAACCUGGCCAGUGAAUUUUCAUCCUGAUAUUAGACUUGAAGCCAUUAUUUCCGGUAAGGAAUUUAAUGAUAAUCAGCUUGAAUCUAUAGAAAAGUGCAUGCAAAUAACGAUUGAGGCGGCGAAGAGGGAAGCUAUCGGGAGCAAAAGUUGCACAGGAAGUGCUCUGAUUGUCGAUCCGGAAGGAAAAAUUUUAGCUUUGGCAGCCUCAAAACUCGAUCUUCAUCCUAUGUGGCAUGCUGCAAUGUUGGCUAUUGAUUUAGUCGCUAGUUUGCAAGGAGGAGGUGCUUGGAAAUUGACACAAGAAAAUGUCAAGGGAAGAAUCAAAGAAAUUCAUUCAAGCAUUAGAGCAGGGGAUUAUAAUCCAGCGGGGAAAAGGCUGCUUGAAGCGGUAGCUCCCCUUUGUUAUCCUGCAUCGUUGUCGGACAUUGCAUUUCCUGAAAUAGAACCUUUUAUACAGAUAAAAGAAUCUAAGGCACAAAGAAAAUCUAAAACUACUGCAGAAAUAAUGAAUAAUAAAGAAUCAAAAUCUAAAGAGGGGCCUUAUUUGUGCACUGGAUAUUGGGUGUUUUUACUUCAAGAGCCUUGUGCCCUGUGUGCAAUGGCAUUAUUACACUCGAGGGUCAGCAAAAUCUUCUGCGGGAGAAAAAAUCUUUAUUCGGGAGUCUUGGGAAGUAGAGCUCUUCUGCAUUUAUUGCCAGGUCUUAAUCAUCGGUAUCAAGUUUGGCGUGGGAUUCUCGAACUUCAGUGCUCACAAGUUUCGGAUAAAAAAUUGUAGUUUUUUUUUUAUUAUUUAGUAAUGCUUGAUUGAUAAAUCAUAAAGACAAAUUGACGAAAUCAGAGUGAACAAGAUGAGAUACUUUAAAUUAAGUAUAGAUUGUAUUUUGAACUUCAACUUUUAAAUUUAGAAUUGAUUGCAUCUUAUCAACGUUUAUAUUUGAUAAGACUUUUGUUUCAUCUAUAGGUUAAAGCAAAAACAAUUGUACAACGGAGCUAAUACAUUUUUGUUUAACUCGAAUACUGCCGUACAAACUAAAAAGAAACAUAAGUGACAUUGCCGCUUAGGGUUCUUCUCGUAAACUUGGGAAUGAAAAAGUCAACCUAAGCGGCAAUGUCACUUAUGUAUGUUUUUAGUUUGCACGGCAUAUAUUACAAAAAUUUCCUAGAGUAGUUACAUCCAUUUUGUACAUUACGAUUUAAAUUAAUUAAUUAUAUAAUUUAAGAGGGUACAUUGAAAUGUUAACUAUCUCAGAUAUUAAUACUACAUAAGUUAAAAUAAAAUUUGAUAAAAGAUCUUGAACUUUUAAUUGCUAAAGACUAAACUAAAGCAAUGUUUUUUUAUAAGGAGGAUAUGUAACAUCAUAUUGAUCGUAGUAUUUUUCUCUGCGUAAAUUAACAGCAUUGAUUACGUGAAUUAUUGAAAGCCAACUGGGUGCACAAAAAGCGAGUAAAUUGCAUCGUCUAUACAAAUUGAAAACAAAUCGGUGAGGGCCACUUAUUGUAAAAUGGCCUCGACAAGCCCUAACGGACUGACCCUCUGGCAUUCAAAUUCGUUUUGUAAAGCAAUGAGAGUCAUUUAUCUAAUCUUCUCUCUGAGGACAGAACUAUGAGUUCCUAAACGAAACCUUAUCUAUGUAACUGCAUUUCGUCAUGGAGUAGUUGAUGAGAAACGAAUGACCUAUUUGUUAUCUGUGAGAUAUUCAAAAUUUUCAAUAAUAACCAUAAGCAAAUUUUCUUGCAUUCUUCCGUGAGCUACAACCUAAACUAUACCCUCUAUGAGCUAUUUGCCGGUCAGUUUAUCACUCCAGUGAGCAAGGUAGACGAUUGCUUAGCAUUUUAUGCUUUGUAUAACCAGCUGUUAACUCUGUUUUUUUUUCUAAAGAACGUGGCAUCCAGUUUAUUCGUCUUAUCUCUCCGAAUAGAAGUCACAUUUUCAGUCUGUAGUUUCAUUCUGCUACUAAGUGGAGUGUAGUUAGUUUUCAAUAUCAGUAUCUGGAAAGUUGUUAAAAAAUUGGAAUUGAAGUGGAUAAUAGUGAAAUUUUUAUUGGAAGAAGAAUAUCUGUGAUUUUGUUUUCUCGUCCGGAACGUAAAAUUAAAAAGCGAUUUAAACUAUUUCUGGUUAAGCAAAAUAAUUAAAAGUACUUCAGUUUCGACUUUUGCGCAUACGCAGGUUCCUCAGGCACUUUAAUUAGUCUUGGACGAGCAAGUCAGUAUAAAGCUUGACCUCACCGAUUGACAUUAAUAAACCAAACUUCAGGCUUUUGUCUCGAUGGUACUAAUAAAAUUGCGUCGACGAAAAUGGCCUGUCUCGGACCUACAGUGAUUUUUCUAUCCUUCAAAUAUCCAUGAUUAUAAAAAUGAAAAACAUAAAAAAUGUUUAGGCAAUCGGACCUUUAGUCUACUACUCUAAACAUUCGAGUUUGUCCAUCAGAAGACAACGGAAAAUUCAUAAAUCAAAAAAGUUAGGCGCAUGGCUGUCUGCAGAUAGUCUGCAGAUAACAAUCUUUGAAAGGGAUUUAACUCUGCAAGCAAGCGCGACUAAUUUGUCGUUAUCGAGAUUCUUCGCCGAGAGACAGUUUAACAGUCCUCGUUGAGUGUCGCAGAGACGUGGAUUGUUUUACAAUAUACUAAAUUCAAUGAGGAAUAAUACCGCCUUUGAAAAUCUCCGAUUUAAAAAGCGGCAAGUUAAGAAGUAAUGGAAUAAAGAAAGGAGUAAAAAUUUAAUCCAACUCGUUGGCGAAUUUUAUAUUGAAUUCCACGGGAACCUUAAGGUACGGGACUAGCGCGUUUUGUUCAUCAAGCGUUGAGUGGUUCCAAUUGAGGGUCAGGUCGAUCCUCUUGCCCCACUCCGAUUGGUCGACCUCUUAAUCUUCCUAGGGAUUGGAUCACUGCUCAUAAUUGUCGCGAAUACGACUGAUUCACUUGAGUAUUCGUCAUCGUACUUUCAAGCCGUCAGCAUCGAGCAUUAGACCAUUGUCCUGAAAACCACCAGUCGUCAUUUGGUCCGGAAGGAGUCGUUACUGUUCUUUGGCGUAGUCUUUCAAAGUCAAGGAGAAAUCUUCAAACGAGAUCGUACAUAUAUAAACAUAUUUCCCAUAUUAACACCUAUAGUUGUGACUUGAGCGCAAGAGAGGACACUAAACCAUCAUCAGGAGAUUAAAUUAUCUAGUGAAAACUAAAUCAUCAAGAAUCUAAAGGAGCAGCGAUCACUUCUUCCUCUCUGUAAAUAAAGAGGACUUGAUAUUUUGAUUCAAAACUGGCAGCAAACGAGAUAUAGUAUUUCAAGAAGUUUUCUUUUUUAAUUCAUCUCGAAUUUGUUCAACCGAAAGUACUACCAGCUGAAUGGCACAUCUCUACUGGCUCUUGUUGUUUGAAAAACAUUAAGUUUCAUUGUUUUUUUCUAGAGAGGGAGAGGCUUGCAGUUAAAAUAUAAGGAGGUUGCUACCAGCGAGAGCAGGCCGUUCGGUCUCAACUAGAUUUUUCUCAAUCUGCCUGGCGAAAGAUAUCUUGAUCCACCGGAAAUAACUCAUUAAGAUUUCUAUAAAAAGUGCCUGAAGAGUGACAGUGUUUGGAGUUGCUAGAUCUCUGAGAUUUUUUGAGACUGUAUUUUGUUCGCGAUGGAGCGAAGGAUCUUGAAAAUGUGGUGACGAAGUGCCAGGAAGGCUUUCAAUUACCAAGACACUAACAAGUGUGUGAGCCAUAGUCGUUAGACAAUAAUACUUAGCGACCAUACGCUAAACAUUGAAAAUUCAGAACACAUCUGAACUUUAG